AUUUUGUCGAGUAAAACACCAGCGUAAAGCUGCAGGCAACGGAUCAAAAGAUUGAAUAAAUCCCAGAUGGAAUCUUCUUUUUUCAAUCAAUAUCUCAAACCAGAGCUCUCUUUCGAUUCAUUUUCUUGGGAAGAGCCAUUUUUUUACCAUCCAAAUUCUCUACCUUUCGAUGCCAAUGACUCAGAGGAAAUGCUUCUUUUCGAUGUUCUAACCCAAGAACCAAACAAAGAAUCGUCGGAAUCCAACUCCUCCACUGGAACUAAAGAAGACGAAGUCACUUCCAAAGAAGAGGAGGUUUCAGUUUCCACGCUCAAGAACGAGAGAUCUUACAGAGGAGUUCGAAAGAGACCAUGGGGGAAGUACGCCGCCGAGAUUAGAGACUCUACCAGAAAUGGCAUCAGGGUAUGGUUAGGAACCUUUGAUAGUGCAGAGGCAGCAGCUUUAGCCUAUGACCAAGCAGCAUUUUCCAUGCGGGGUUCGAUGGCUGUACUCAAUUUUCCGGUGGAGAUGGUGAGAGCGUCACUUCAAGACAUUAAAUAUCGGUGUGAAGACGGGUGUUCGCCGGUGGUGGCGUUGAAGAGGAAGCACUCCAUGAGAAGAAAGUCUGCAAGCAAGAAACAUAAAGGGAAAGAGGUAAAUAUUAAGCCUAAAAGUGUGGUGGUAUUGGAGGAUUUAGGAGCUGAGUAUUUAGAAGAGCUGUUGAGUUCAUCAUGUGGAGGAAGUCCAGAUCCUUGGUGAAUAAUUAAUAGUUUUAUUCAGUUUUUUUUCCUUCUUUCUUCAGAUCUUCAUCCUUAAUUUUCUUUUCCCUUCUUUUCUUUUCUUUUCCUUUCUUUUCUUUUCUUUUCUCAGUAGCCUUGGAAGAAGAAGGCUGUUUACUUUUCUUGGGAUGAUUUCUUGGGGGGAUCAUGGUGGGGUUCAGCUUUCUCUGUGAAUCUCUGUUUUUUUUUUUUUUUUCCUUCUGAAAAUGUAAAGUUGAGAAAGAUGGAUAUGUUUAUUAAUUAGAGAAAAAAGGGCAAUUGCUUUAGCUUUAUCUUCUCUGCUUCAAUUAUUGAAGCUGAAGCCGAAGACGAAGCCGAAGCCGAAGGCCAAGCGAAAAAACUAAAUGAGAAUCUGAAAUUAUUUACUGUGA